AGCUUCACAUGCGGACUCUAAAUUGAAGGAAAGGGUUUAACUUCUUCGCCUUUGUUUCUUCUAGGUAAGAUCGUGUUGUUAAUUUCCUUUACGUGUGGUUUUUUUUGCACGUUAAUGUGGCCACGCAGCAUCGAAGUUGUAAAAGCGAAACAACAGGAGAUAUAUGGCAGCAUGCAACUCGUCAAAAGACCUCGGACUUUUUGGAUCUCAACAAAACCGGAGAAGUGCUGCCACGGAGGGCCAUCGCUAGGGCAUGAAUAGUCCAGACAUGCCGGAACGCCACAAGGCUUGUGCAACGUCCUUGUCCACGUUUGUUUCAUCGUAGUUUGGCUAUAGAGAAGGACAGAAAUUAUCGCCAAGAUGUUGCAGACUGGAAACUACUCUCUGGUGCUGCUGAUCCAGCUGAGUCUGCUGAUUUAUGACCUGUUUGUCAACUCCUUCAGUGAACUCCUAAGAGCAGCGCCCGUCAUUCAGCUCGUGCUGUUCAUCAUUCAGGACAUUGCCAUUUUGUUCAACGUGAUCGUCAUCCUGCUGAUGAUGUUCAACACCUACGUGUUCCAGGUGGGCCUGGUAGCUCUGCUGCUGGAAAGAUUCAGAGCUCUUCUCAUUUCAUCUGCUCUCUACCUGACACUCAGCAUCUGCUUCCACUGCUGGCUCUUGAAUCUCAGAUGGCUCACUUCAAAUCGCUUUGUUUGGACUGAUGGUCUUCAAGCUUUAUUUGUCUUUCAGAGAACAGCGGCGGUUAUGUACUACUACCUAUACAAACGCACAGCUGAGUACAUGGGAGACCCCAGACUCUAUGAGGACUCCAUGUGGCUCCGUGACGUCUUCUCCAAAGCUCGACAGUGACAAUGAAAACAACACCAAGUCAGUUGUAAACCGUGACCAAGUGACGUCACCGAUAAAGCAGAAGAUAUGUGAUCAAGGAACUCAGUAAUUUGUUUGACCAGUGUGUCAAAGUGGGCAGACGGUCAAUAGGCUUAUGGUGGAGGUUAACCAGCCUUGGCAUGUGUAGUAUUGCAUUAAUCGGGAUAAGCCUGGUAAUCUGUGCGGCCUUUGUUGAAGUACUGUUACAGAACAAUAUGAAGAGAAAAAGUCAUGGAGUUUCAUUCUGCUGUAUCCAGACGUUUGUGUAUGAAUUUGCAAACAAUUCAUUUUGUUUAUAAAUGAGUUUUUUUCCUCGCAAAUUGUUUUGUUACCAGCUCCUUAUCAUCAAACCUUUGGGGUUUUUCAAUUAUUGUUAUUGGACUUAUUGAGAUUUUUCUGCAGUCGCUGGGGAUCUUUGAAUCGUCCUCAGUUUUUUAAUAAACAAUCCUCUAAUCUCAGUGUAAUCCUUAUCAUUAUGCUAUCCUGGAGACAAGGUUAAACAGGCUGGCCUAUUUUUAACAAAGAUUAAUCAGGGGUUUAGGGUUUCGGGCACUUCAAGAGAAACAAAACAGAAAUAGUCCCAGCAUAUCAGAAAUAACCUGCGCUCUUCCGAGGCAAACACCAGAACAGUGGGAGCUGCUAAUCGAACAAAAGAAGACAAAACAAGUUUUACAAAGUUCCAUUUACUUCUCCAAAAGAUACUCCAUGAAUGCAAAUGUUGUCAGUGCAGUCCAAUCAAAUCAGAAAUCCAAUCCAGUUGUAUUUGUUGCGUUGCCCUGGAAUGUGUCACCUCUUCAGGUCAGUCAGUCUGGAAAAAGGGGAAUUAUGUGAAAUUA